GCCGUCUCUUUUCUUGAGUUUGAUGGCUACUUUUCUUCCCGGAAUGACAUACCAGUUGGGUCACUUAGGUCAGAUAAUUGUUGAUUUUGGUUAAAGACUGAAGUUGAAAACAUUAGUCCUGGGACGGACACCGUCCCUGAAGGUAUCAGGAAGGACAGAAAUAAAUUCCCUUGGCAUAAUUAAUCGGAAAAUUUUGAGAGAAGGGGCGGUGGUUCCAUGCUGCUAAUUCCUGCUACAGGAAGUACUGAGUGAAGCGGUAGUGACAGCAGUCCACACCAUUUGCAAUCCUAUCCAGAUUUUUAGCUGUCAUUUUAAUUUUUCAUCAGCAUUUAACAAGAUAACAAAUGGCGCAGUGCGUGACUAAAGUUGAAUUGAGUGUCUCCUGUGAGAAUCUAUUAGAUAAAGAUGUUGGUUCGAAGUCUGAUCCAUUGUGUGUGUUAUUCGUGAGUACUGGCGAAAAUCAAUGGGCUGAGAUUGAUCGGACAGAGAGAGUUAAAAACUGCCUCGCCCCAAAAUUCUCAAAGAGAUUCCUUGUGGAUUACUACUUUGAGCAGGUUCAGAAAUUGAAGUUUGGAAUUUAUGAUAUUGACAACAAAACAAUUGACUUGAAAGAUGAUGACUUCCUGGGACAUUUUGAAUGCACCCUGGGACAGAUUGUCUCAAGUAAGAAACUGAUGAGACCACUAAUGCUGAAAAACGGAAAGCUUGCAGGGAAAGGAGUAAUCUCGAUUUUCGCAGAAGAAGUGAAAGACAACAGAAUGGUUAACCUUCAAGUUCAAGCACGGAAUCUGGAUAAUAAGGAUCUCUUUGGCAAAUCCGAUCCUUAUUUGGAGUUACACAAACAAACUGAGGAUGGCAAGUGGCAAAUAGCGCACAGAACAGAGGUAAUUAAGAACAAUUUGAAUCCCAGUUGGAAAGCAUUCAAAAUCCCUUUGCAUUCACUCUGUAGUGGUGACUUGCAGAAGCCAGUCAAG